AUGGUUGCACAGAUAUUUGCUCUUAUUCAGCAUUGGGGAAAUGUCAGUGAUAUUACGGACAUAACGUUCGAGGUAGCUGCUGCUAUCAGUUAUAACCUAAUGUUCUUCUCAGUAACAACAUUCACAGCAGCACACUUCAAAAUAUUAGCCACGAUUUUGAAAGACUGUACCAAGACUAAACUGCUAUCACAUUCCAUAAAGGACACAGAACAAGGCUUAAGAAACUCCAAGUCAUCCAAUGGGAGUGUUCUUAAAGAUACCGGAUAUGUGCUACAAGCUAAGGAAAAAUUUAAUAAAGUUGUAGUUCUAAAAUACUGCGAACGAAAUGAAGUGGCUAUACACAAGAAUAAAGAACCUGAGUGGAUAACAGGCACAGAUUUAAAUGAAAGUGAAGCAGGAAUUGCCCAACAGAGAUAUGAAACAGCAGAUUACUUGGUUCGCUGUAUCCGAUACCACCAGGCUCUUCUUGAAUUUUGCGAUGACGUAAACACACUCUACAGCCCUUUAUUAUUCAUUUCAUUCUAUAUGGAUCUCUUUAUGAUGUGUACUACGGUAUUUCAAGUAACGCUGGGAUCAGAAGAUCAGAGUUACUUCAAGUUUAUUAUAGCUGCCAUUUCGGUCUGGGUCCCUAUACUUCUCACAUGCUGUUAUGGAGAGCAUCUUACUGAGCAGAGUCUGGCGGUACAGGAAGCAGCUUAUGAAUGCAGCUGGUACAACUCUUCUCCACGUUUUAAGAAUCACCUCUUGUUCUUAAUCAUGAGGGCUCAGAAGCCUGUACGACUCACAGCUGGAAAUUUUUUUGCCGUUUCUUUGGAAGGAUUCUCCAGUAUUGCUCACACUGUUUAUGCCUACCUCACAGUGCUAAGGCAGAUGCACGACUCAUAA